UGAUCUCAAUAUUUUUUCUAUAAAAUCCAUCCACUCCACUCUCACCCCAUUGCUACUACUACCAAUUCUCACCUCUUUCUUUCUUAAUUAAUUACUCACAUCCGCCACCGCCGGAAAUGGCCACCGCUGUUUCAACCGUCGGAACUGUCAACAGGGUACCGUUGAACUUGAACGGGAGUGGUUCUGGUUUGGCUGUGCCGACUUCUAGUUUUUUGGGAAGCAGUUUAAAGAAGUUGAACAACUCUUCCUCCUCCUCCUCGAGAUUCCUCAACCAAAAGAUAUCCUCGAAUGGGUUCAAGGUGGUGUCGGAGAUGGACGUAAAUCCCAAGAAGCAGACUGAAGGUGACAGGUGGAAGCAUCUGGGCACUGAUCUAUCCGAUGACCAACAAGACAUCACCAGGGGAAAGGGUAUGGUCGAUUCACUCUUCCAGGCUCCCGACGGAGCCGGAACUCACGACCCAAUCAUGAGUUCAUACGAAUACCUCAGCCAGGGUCUUCGCCAGUACGGCGACAUGGACAACACUCUCGAUGGCUUAUAUAUUGCCCCUGCAUUCAUGGACAAACUUGUUGUUCACAUUUCCAAGAACUUCAUGACCUUGCCCAACAUCAAGGUUCCUCUUAUCUUGGGUAUCUGGGGAGGCAAAGGUCAGGGAAAAUCCUUCCAAGCUGAGCUUGUCUUCCAAAAGAUGGGCAUCAGCACAAUCAUGAUGAGUGCCGGAGAGUUGGAAAGCGGGAACGCCGGAGAGCCCGCCAAGCUAAUCAGGCAGAGGUACAGAGAGGCGGCUGACAUUAUCAGGAAGAAGGGUAAGAUGUGUGUCCUGUUCAUCAACGAUUUGGAUGCCGGUGCCGGUCGUCUGGGAGGAACCACCCAGUACACAGUCAACAACCAGAUGGUGAACGCCACCCUCAUGAACAUCGCCGAUAACCCAACCAACGUCCAGCUUCCUGGUAUGUACAACAAGGAAGACAACGCCCGUGUUCCGGUCAUCGUCACCGGUAACGAUUUCUCCACUCUUUACGCGCCCUUGAUCCGUGACGGGCGUAUGGAGAAAUUCUACUGGGCACCCACUAGGGAAGACAGGAUCGGUGUCUGUACUGGUAUUUUCAGGAGCGACAAUGUGCCUUUUGAAGCCGUCGUCACGCUUGUUGACACCUUCCCAGGGCAAUCCAUCGAUUUCUUUGGUGCCCUUCGUGCUCGAGUGUACGAUGACGAGGUGAGGAAGUGGGUGAAUUCAGUGGGUAUUGAACAGGUGAGCAAGAAGCUAGUGAACUCAAGGGAAGGACCGCCGACAUUCGAACAGCCGAAGAUGACUCUGGAGAAGCUUCUGGAAUACGGAAACAUGCUUGUCCAGGAACAAGACAACGUGAAGAGAGUCCAACUUGCCGACAAGUAUCUAAGUGAUGCCGCCCUCGGAGAUGCCAAUGCCGACUCUAUUCAGAGAGGAACUUUCUUCGGUUAGAUCUCUCCUCCCCGUCCUUCCUUCCUUCCUCAGCAGGUUAAAAUACCGGUGCCCGAAGGUUGCACCGAUCCGAUUGCAGGAAACUAUGACCCGACUGCUAGGACUGAUGAUGGAAGCUGCUCUUACACACUAUAGUAGGCCUUUUCUGAGGGAGGGAGGGAGGGAGGGAGGAAGGGAGGAAGAGAGGAAGAGAGAAUCAGAUAUUAAAAACUAAGGAUGUGAUUUUGUUUAAGUCUAUCCUUCAUUUUUUUUUUUUUGCCUUUUGUUUCUUCAUCACUUUUCAUUUUCAUUUGUAAAAUGUUCAAUGUGCAAUGCAAAAUAAAGUAUGGAUUUUCAAUUUGU